AUGAGAGUAUUGAUUAAUAAAUUGAGUUAAUUCUAUUAAUAAUUUAGAGGUUUCUAUCAUAAAUUCAAGAAAUUCCAUUAAAUGACCUUUAUAUCUUUAAUUUAAUAUUUAAAGAAGUAGAAAAUGAAACAAUUAAUUAUAAUCGUGUAAAACGCAUUUUCUAAAAAAAUAUGA